AGAAAAACCACUUUCAAAAAUAAGCUGACGAGCAAACAACGGUCGGCUGGCGCAACUUCUACAUUGUCAAAACAAUGCCACCUGAGAGACAGCCUACCCAGAAACGGCGCAGACUGCCGUUCAAACCUCCAAGCCGGGCCUCCUCAUCCGCACCAACAGCAACAGCAGCAGCAUCAUCCAAGCCCAGAUCCAAAGCCACCACCACAGCGUCCUCAAAUUCCACCAAACCCAACCCAACACGCAAGAGCACCACCGCAGCCUCCUCAUCCUCCUCCAAAACCCGCCAACCCACCACCUCCAAGCCCACCAAAAAUACCACCCUUCCCCCACCUCCCCCCUCCGACACAGAAGAACCCUCCGCCUCCGACGCAGAAGCGAACCCCUCCAACCCGCGAAACAAACGGCGAAGAACACCCCCCACCCGCUCGAACUCAACCUCCCCGACGCCUUCCGCGUCCGCCUCCCAGACCUCCAACGCCUCCAACAACAACAACAACAACAACACCAAUACCCCGGCCUCCCCCUCCCCGGAACCCGACUACAUCCUCGCGGAGAUCACGCACACCACCGACCCCGCCGACGACAUCGUCACGCGCGAGCCCGUCAUCCCCGCCAAGCUGCUGACGCGGCUGCUGCACCACCACUUCCAGCACCCGAAGACCAAGAUGGCCAAGGACGCCAACACGGUCGUCGCCAAGUACGUGGAUGUGUUUGUGCGGGAGGCGCUGGCGCGGGCCGCGUUCGAGCGCCGCGAGGCCGUCGGCGAGGGGGCUAGUGUUGGGGAUGGGUUUUUGGAGGUUGAGGAUCUCGAGAAGUUGGCGCCGCAGCUUGUUAUGGAUUUUUAGUGGGGGUUUUAUUUUGGGUAGGGAUGGAGUUUACGGGUUGGGCGUGGGGUCCGACGGGCUUGUGAUGCGAGAUACCUGAUUAUGAUUGAUAUCCUUCUGUUCCUGUAGAGAAACUAGCG